CGAGUUCACGAUAUACAUCUCUCACGGUAUACGGCCCGAACAUAUACAACACAUUACUAGCGAAGAUAUUGUCCGAUUAUAUAUAUAGUUCGACGAGAAAAUACCUAGAAUUCAGGAUUACAAGAGCCUAGAAAUUAUUCAGGCUGUAAGGAUUCCGUGCACCAUGGUGUGUUGUAGAUGAUAUUCAGUCAACGGCAGAAAUGGGCUGCCUUGAAACCUUUCUAGGAAUACUCUGCCUCCUGGCGUUCGUACGCGCAAAUACACAACUCCUCUUCGCAAACCGGCGCGAUGUACAACUCCUCACCGUGCCCGCUUCCAACUUCACGCAGGCGUCUUCCCUCCCGGUCGUCGAAGGUCUCAAAGAUGCGGCGGCGGUCGACUUCCUCUUUUCCGAAAACCUCGUCUUCUGGACGGACGUUAGCUUGGAAGCGAUCAAAAGAAUGUUUUAUAACGGCUCAGAGGUCGUGGAGGACGUUAUUACGACGGGGCUCGUCGCCCCAGACGGACUUGCCUGUGAUUGGGUGAGCCGGAAAUUAUAUUGGACUGACGCAGAUACAAACAGAAUAGAAGUCAGUGAGAUAGACGGCAGCUCAAGAACAGUCUUAUUUUGGAAAGAUUUACAUCUGCCGAGAGCAAUAGCGUUAGAUCCAGAACAUGGGUACAUGUACUGGACCGACUGGGGGGAGGUUCCAAAGAUCGAGAGGGCGGGCAUGGACGGUCUCGACAGAGAGGCGAUCGUGACGGACGAUAUUUACUGGCCCAAUGGGCUGACGAUCGAUUACGAAAGCAAACGUCUUUACUGGGUGGACGCCAAGGAAAGUUUUAUCAAAAGCAGCGACAUGAACGGUUUACAUCAAAAGGUUGUUUUAGAAGGGAAGGUGGAGCUGCAGCACCCUUUCGCCCUGACCGUUCAGGAUGAGUGGUUAUACUGGACCGACUGGGAGACCCACUCGAUACACGCUUGCAAUAAAACCAACGGUCUGGAGCGAUGGGUCAUCCAUAGGGAUAUUUCGCCCAUGGACAUCCAUGUGCUGAGCGCGGAGAGGCAACCUACCGAUUUUCCCAACCCAUGUGAGGAGGAUAACGGGGGUUGUUCGCACCUGUGCCUGCUGUCUCCGUCUGAAAGGGGGUAUUCCUGCGUCUGUCCUACCGGUGUCAAACUCUUGGAGGAUGGCUUCAACUGCGCAAAUGGUGCUCAGGAAAUGUUGCUUCUGGCUCGUCGUAAAGAUAUCAGGAGGAUAUCCCUCGACACGCCCGACUACACCGACAUCAUCCUCCCCCUCGAGGACAUCGAACACGCCAUCGCCAUCGACUACGAUCCCGUUGACGGGUAUAUCUACUGGACAGAUGAUGCAAUCAGAGCAAUUAGGAGAUCCAAGCUUGAUGGCUCAGAGAGCGAGUACGUGAUCACCAACGACAUCCUGCACCCUGAUGGUAUCGCUGUGGACUGGAUCGCCAGGAAUCUCUACUGGACGGACACCGGGAACGAUCGUAUCGAGGUGGCGCGGCUCAACGGGACCUCCCGAAAGAUGCUACACGCCGAGUACAUGGACGAACCACGAGCAAUCACAGUAGAUCCAAUAAAUGGCUACAUGUACUGGACGGAUUGGGGCAUCGUGUCUAAGAUUGAGCGUGCAAACCUUGACGGAUCCAACCGCACUGUCCUCGUCAAUACCUCCCUCUCUUGGCCGAACGGGAUCGCUGUGGAUUUCACGGAUCAGAAGAUAUACUGGGGAGAUGGGAUGAAAGAUAGAAUCGAGAUGAUAAACGCGGAUGGAACGAACCGAAGGGUGCUGGUCUCGGAGGAUAUCCCGCAUAUAUUCGGCUUCAGUUUACUUGGCGAAUAUAUCUACUGGACGGACUGGCAGAAGAGAACCAUCGAGAGAGUCAAUAAAGCGGACGGCUCGGGAAGGGAAAUCAUCAUCGAAUCCUUGCCAGAACUCAUGGGGCUUAAAGCAAUCAGCAUGGAAAAACAAUUAGGCACAAACUCUUGCGGGAACAAUAACGGAGGCUGCAGCCAUUUAUGCCUCUACCGCCCUCAUGGUCAGAUCUGUGCCUGUCCCAUGGGUCACGAGCUUCUUGCCGACGGGAAGACCUGCAUCGUCCCCGAAGCGUUCCUUCUCUUUCUUCGGACCGAGGACAUCCGGCGCAUCUCCCUGGAGACAACCUACAAGGACGUGGAGAUCCCGCUGAGUGGGAUCGAGGAGGCAACUGCGCUGGACUUUGAUAUCCUGGAUAAUAGAAUAUACUGGACUGACUCAAAAGCGAAGAAAGUGACACGUGCCUUCAUGAACGGCACGGACCUUCAAGACGUGAUAGAGUUUGGUCUGCAGCAGCCGGAGGGGCUGGCAGUGGACUGGCUCGCCCACAACAUCUACUUCGCGGACACGGGCAAGAGACGCAUCGAGGUUGCUAGGCUGGACGGGAACUCUCGCAGGGUCAUCAUUUGGAAGGACAUCGUCAUGCCACGGUCACUGGCGCUUGACCCCAUGGAGGGGUACAUGUACUGGUGUGAGUGGGAUGGCGAGUCUCACAUUGAGCGUGCCUACAUGGAUGGAUCUAACAGAGAGAUACUCUACCAGGGUGGCAGGGCCAGCGGUCUCACUAUUGACUACGAGGACAGGAGACUCUACUGGGCAUCCUACGAUACCAACGCAGUCGAAUCCACCAACAUGAUCGGCGAGGAUCAUCGCCACCUUGUCACGGACGAGCUACCCCACCCCUUUGGAGUAACGCAGUUCCGGGACUUUGUCUACUGGUCCGACUGGGAGUCCCAGACCAUCGAGAGGUGUAACAAGACCAGCGGGGCCAACAGGACCAGGAUCCAGGGGGGCUUGGACUAUGUCAUGGACAUUUUGGUCUUUCACUCUUCAAGACAGGCUGGCUGGAACCCGUGUUCUGACGAGAACGGAGGUUGUGAGCAACUGUGUCUCUCUCAUCCCAACGCGUCGAGCGAUGAGUGGGACUACGUGUGUGGAUGCAGUACUCACUACACUCUCAACUCAGACAACAGGACAUGUUCACCUCCGGAAAAGUUUCUCUUGUUCAGCCAGCGCAACUCCAUCAGUCGUAUAACCUUUGACUUCAAGGACAGCCCGGACAUCAUUCUCCCGAUCCAUGGCGUGCGCAACAUCCGACGAAUUGCCUACGACUUUGACGAGAAGCGGGUUUACUGGAUUGACAAGAGCAGUAACGACAUCAAGAGGUCUUACGAUAAUGGAAUUGAGCAACGGACCUUCAUAGCCAACCCUGGUGGAGGGGCGCCCUUCGAACCCACGGACAUGGCCAUUGACCCUUACAGCCGCCUUCUCUUCUGGACCUGCGCCAAUCAGAGCACGAUCAACGUCACGCGUCUCAAUGGCUCCGCAGUGGGCGUGGUCAUCAGCGACAAGCUGCAGAAGCCACGCCUCCUUGCCCUCAUGCCAGAAAAAGGAUUAAUGUUCUGGACCAACCAUCGCCUGUUGCCGAAGAUCGAGCGUGCUGCCCUCGACGGUGAGGAUCACAUGGUCAUCGUGACGGAGGGCCUGGGCCGGCCGCGCACCCUGACCGCUGACCAUCGGAGCGAGAGGAUCUACUGGAUCAGCCAAGAGCUGGACUAUGUCAUUAGCACCACAAUCACAGGCAAGGAUGUCCUCAGACUAACGGUGGAGCUCGCGAGUCCAGUUGGUUUAACCAUCUUGGAUGACCACCUCUACUGGGUUGACCGCAAGGCCGAGGCGGUCAAGCAAGCAGACAAGCUGGAUGGAAGGAAUCCGUACAAGGUCAAAGGUCAGAUGGUGAGCUUGACCGAUGUCCUGGCAGUGGAUGGCAACUUGAUAGAGGACCACCCGUGUCUGAUUGACAAUGGCGGAUGCUCCCAUCUGUGUAUCAUCUCGCCCGACAACAGCGCCCGAUGCUCCUGCCCGCUUAACCUGGUCUUGGACGUGGAUGACGAGACGUGCGUUGAACCCCCGACCUGCGCACCCGAUGCGUUCAGCUGUGUCUCGGGGAACAUUGCUUGUAUUCCCAUUGGCUGGCGGUGUGACGGGUUCUCCGAGUGCGAGGAUGCUAGCGACGAAAUGGAAUGUGUUGAGUGUGACGCCGGAGAAUUCAAAUGCAGCGGUAUCCAGUGCAUCGACCGCUCCCUGCGGUGCGACGGAAAGCCGGACUGUCUCUACGGGAACAGCGACGAAGAGCAAUGUCCGCAGUGUUCCAACCCCCAGUCAUUCCCGUGCCUGAACGGUCAGUGCGUGGUCAAGCAAGGAGCGGAGUGCGAUGGGAUCAUCGACUGUGUGGACAGUAGCGAUGAGCAUGCUGGCUGUUACCUGUCUCCCAGCGACAUACCGCCCGGCUACACCCCUCACGGCGGCAGACGGAUGAACACCGCCCUCGUGGGCACGCUCGUUGCAGCUUUCUCCCUGGCCAUCAUGGUCAUAGGGACAUUCUUCCUGUGCAGACGACGGUGCAUCCAGCAGUCUGGAAGCCCGGAGGAUUACGGCACCCCGGCGGACCAGAACUUCUCCACCGUUCUCAUGCUCAACCAACUUGGCAAAGAACACAUCACCCACAAAUACCUCAAUUCCGGAAGACCGCAUCCCAAGACCACCAACCUCAACUCCUGCUCCUCCAAGGUCUCCCCUAAGAGCGGGAGCGGAGGAGAGAGCAGCACCGGCUUCUACGAGCGCAACCUCCCCACGGGCGCGUCCUCCUGCUCCUCAGAGAUGUUCAGCUCGACGGGGACCAGUAAUUACCCCAAGGAGACCCUCAACCCCCCUCCCAGCCCCGCCACCGAGAGGUCACAGUGCACCACCGAGAUAUACUAUGCCCCCGUCCAAAACCCAUCACUCAGUAAUUUCAGACCUUAUAGACAUCACAAAUUACGCUAUAUUCCGCCUCCGCCGACGCCGUGCUCGACGGACAUCUGCGAAGACAGUGAGCCGUACUCCAUGGGAGGGGCCGCCGCCGCACCGCCAGUGCCGCACCAUAAAUACACAAACAUUUCAAAAUCGCGGCGGAAAAAAGGCAAGUACAGCCACUCGAACAUUGCCAAUCCGGAGGCAGUGAACUAUGAUUCAGAACCUUACCCGCCUCCGCCAACGCCGCACAGUCAGUACUUAAGCGACAAUUUCGACAGCUGUCCGCCGUCGCCGUCGACGGAGCGCAGCUUCUUCAACCCGUACCCGCCUCCCCCGUCACCCGCCACCGACUCGACGUAGCGAAGAAACGAAGAGCACAAAAGAGACGUUAUAUUUUCUUCUUCACGCAUGCACUCGAGAGAUUUGAAUAAACGGGUUAACUCAUUCGAGCGUGGACCAACCAUAUCGCACCUGGAAAGUCUUUGAACUAUGACCUACUUCAUUCAAGAAAAGCAGGUGAACUUCGACCUCCUUUCUUGCUAAAGGUCAAAGAACUUUGGUAGGCGAUGGAAGGAUAUGAGAUUUUAUUGCACGGACUUGGAGACAGGUCACGUACAUGACCGUUGUUUAUAUUGAAAUUUAUAUCAGGGAUAUACAUAUAUGAUAUAUAUAUUUUUUUGUUUUAUAUAUUGUUCGCUGUUGGAAAAUGACCGUUUUCGGGAGCAGAUAACCAGCAGAAAACGAAGCAUCUCAUCUCAUGGCGUAUUUAUUUCUUAUAUGUGUUAUACUAAUUUGUGAUGCACCGAUGUCCACUGGAAACGACCCUUGACACAAGAAGCAAACGUGUGAAGCGCAAGGAUACAAAAAUUAUUGUGGAACCGAUUUGUCUGUCAUUUGGAACUGCACAUCUCGUAUCUGUACUCUCCACUAAACUUUAGAGCAACCGUUUUUCUCCUUUUGUCAGCGUUUCAUUUAACGAUUCAUUUAAAGUAUUGGUUUACGGCUUGCCCGAUUUAAAAGGAGAUGUUGCGAUGCUCUUUGAAAUUAUGCAAAUAUUUGUGUUGACAGUGUAGCUUACCUGAGUAACAUGCCCACCUCUAAUGAAAAGUAAAGGAGAAGAGUUGUCCAUGUUCAAAUUGUACUUUUAAUUUCCUCCAGUACUUUAAAACCACCUUCAUCUUGCUACUGUUGGUGCACACUUUGAGGAGUAAUCAAGCCGUUUCCUUUAAGAUACGGCAAGUUCUUUUGGUACUAUGUUCUUUUGAACAAUCUCUUUAAAUUCCUUGACAACAACAAACCAUAACCAAAUUGUGAAUCUUAUUUUCAAACAAAAUAAUGACUAUUAAAGUUAUGAUUUGUUAGGCAAUGAAAGCACUGUGAAAACUAGUAUAAUAUGCUGUCAUUAGGAAUUGAAGAUUUGAUGGUGCUGAAGUUUUCUGUUAUUGUUUUUUAUAAGAAAAGGCAUUAUGUCAUUGAGAAUUCAAUAGUAUGUAAUCAAAAGAAUGCCCCCUCAUCACCCCCUCCCCUCUAUAAUAUUCUGCCCUAGCAUUGCCUACCGGUAGUACAAAUAAAUGAUACUCUGAGGUUUUUGAAAUAUAAAUCAAACAUGAACAUUUUGGUUAAUUUAUCAUUUUAAAUGCUAAAAUGACAAACUCACUUUUAGAGCUACAUGUUGGGGUCUAGCGCCAUCUUGUGUUCAGAAAUCAAGCAUUUUAUGUUGCUGAUCAAGUUGUUGUUAAUGAAAAGAACUUGUUAAAAACCAUUCUGAUUCUCCUCCCAUGGUUUUCUAUCAAGGUAUUAGAACAAAUAUGUAACACUAAUAACUUACCUAACUAGUCUAAUUUUAUUAGUAACUUGUUGCUUUAUGGUUAUAUGCUUCCUUUUGUUCCAAUUUUUUCUAUAUAUUUGCAGAAUAGCCAAUUAUUUUGCUUCUUUUGCCAUUUUGUUUAUUUUCAGUCUUCUUAGACGGUGAAAGAAUUUUGUAUUCUUCCCGUUAGCAAUCUCCUUCUCUCCAUUUUCAUUUUGAUAAUUUGAGAUUUAAUGUAUUUGUUUCUGUCUGUUUCUGUCU